AUGAAGGUACUAACUGCAGCAAUAGCAGAAGAAACACCAUCAGCAACAGCAGAAGCAACUCCUCCAGCAGUAGAACCAGUUCCUAUAGCAGCAGCACCAUCUCCCACACCAGCAGUAGCAGAACCAACUCCUUUACCAGUAAUAGCAGAAACAACUCCUCCACCAGCAGCAACUAAACCAACUUCACCAACAGCAGAAACAGUACCAUCUCCUCCUCCAUCACCUUCAAGAGUAGCAGAAAAGAAUAGACCAGUCACAGUAAGUAAAGUAUCAUCUUUGUCUCAUGAUGAAGUGAUACCAAAUGAUUUGGGAAAACAUGUUCCUAUAAAACUUGUGGACAGUUGA